AUGAAGAAUGCCGGCUUGCUGCCGGUUAAUGGCCCCGCAGGCCGCCGAGCCUGCUGCCCCCCAGUCGCACUGACCAGGGAGAUGAACGGGGCUGCUCUGAACCAGCCCCGACGGGCUCCCGCUUAUUGCAAGGACACCUCGGAGCCCCAAAUAGGACACCCUCCUCGGACAAACUUGCGCGCCCGGCAGGUCCCCCCCGUCCCCCCCGCGCUCACAGCUGAGCCGCACGGCAGUGACCCCCGCAGGGCACGCCGGAACAGAGCCAAGCGCCGGUGGAGCAGGACGACAGCACCGAUAGCACCGAACCCAAAACUCCCCCCAAGCCAAGCAACACCGGUCACCCAAACAGGCGACAAGCAGGGUGGGACGAGGCUGCCAUCGGCCGUCCCGUACCGCGUACCCUGCGCCCCCAGCCGCAGCCCAGCGUGGGAUACUCCCUUGUGCCGAUGCCUCUGGGUGUCCCCCACUUGUCCCCCACUCCUGCCCCAAACACAGUGGGGUUCAAACGCCCACGACUCCCAGUUGGAAAAUGACAGCACAGGCAUCAGCCCACACAGCAAGACAACUCCGAACAACACAGAAAACCAAACAACCUCGUGCCAGCACCCUUCCUUCUUGAGAAGGACUGUCGUAUACAAUCAGGCUCCUCCACCUCCCCAAAGGCUAGGAAAGAUGGACUUGUGAGAGGGGAGAUUAACCCGUCCAUGAAGUCAUCAUCUGUACCUGUGGUCAUCUGAUACUGGCUAAAUAGGAAUUGCCUGGCAGCAGAACAGAAGUUAUUAACGCUCAAACAGGGGAAGCAGGGCUUGGCAGACAUUUCAGCACUUCCAGUUGAGACAUGGCAUCCACGGCACAGGCAGGAAAGCCCCACUUUCCUCAGGGAGGUUAGAUGGCAAUCAACUCAGGGACAGAGAUAACUGAAGUGUUUCAUUCACAGAUUUGUUUGUCUUUUAUUAAACCAUUCCCUUUCAUGAUUUCUUCAAGUAAAAGCAGCAAAAUAUUUAGGUACACUGUAGAAAGCAUACACAUCUGUGUGCUUUCUCAUGUCUGAAGGGACAAAGCUAUAAUCCAGAGAAGCUCGCUCAGCCAGGGAUGUUCUGGGCAGGAGGUACAAGCAGAAAAAAUAGAGAACAACAACCAGGGACAGUACUGGGACUGCAACUGUCUCAAGAGAUGAUAGAGGCAAACCUCACCUCGUGGCCAGGAGCCUAGCCAGCCUCUUUGCAGGUGACCACCAACCAUUAGUGAAGUCUUUGCAAGAAUCUUCCAGAUAAUUCCUUGCUGCCUUUUAUUUCCAAGUAAAUAGUUAAACAAAAUUCUCAAACAUAUACACUCUGAAGAAAAGGACUGGGAUUUUUUUCUUUUCUGCUCUGAAGUGAGGAGGCAGGACAAUUAUUCCCAGGGCAGCAAUGUAGGAGCAUCAUCAGCGCAGUCAUUCUGCUCUUGCUGCUGCUUAGAGCUCACGGUGAGAGACAAGGCCAGUAGGUUGCCUGUGUCUUGCAUGAUUGCCCACACAGAAGCUCAGUGUUCGAUCUUACAUCGUGGGUGUCCUCCUCCCCUUGUUCAGUAAAUUAAGGCAUAUGGCUGCAACAACAGAGUCAUUCCCAUCCAAACACACAGGCAAGAAACUCACUUUCUAAAUGAAUGAAAGACCAAACAGUGGACUUGGUUGCACAAGGAGGUACCACCAUGGUGUGUCUGUGAGAGAAAAUUUCCUUGGGUGGCUAAUAAGUACAUUUAUAAUCUCCCACCUUUCACCCAAAUAAACUCAUAUUCUGCAAGAGAAGAAAAAAAUUGUCCUUGAUGCUUUUCAACAGUGGUUCUUUGAUCAAUCAUUUAUAUAUGAAGAGUAGAGAAAUAAAUUAUGAAAGGCAAACAUCAACCAAAAAAAAAAGAUUUUUUAAGAUUUAAUAUUCAAAAGGCCUAUUUGACACUAAAGUCAGCAACCUACAAAAUGCCACUAAACAUCUUGCUUAUCCACACAGCAAAAUAAAAGCCUUUAGGCUGGCAGCAGCUCUAGGUCUAUUCCCACUCUCCAUUCGGUCUAAUGUUCUGGGGGAGAGUAAAUCCUUAAGCAGAUUGAAUAUAAAAAGUUUCACAGAAUGCUGCCAAGCUACGAUAAUUUCUACUGGACAAAUAAUAGCCACAAUAUUUUUGUG